GUGUAUUUCAGGCACGCGGCAGCGCCAUCUGCGCUGGGACCCCAGCCCCGGCUCCGCCCGGCUUCCCCAGCUCCAGUUUGGGCCUUUCCCGCCCAAAUCCACUGCCGAGUGCGGCCGAGGUCCGGUCUCCCGCGGAGCGAAAUAAUUCAAACCUUCUGCGAAAGGAUUUCCCCCUCCAGGGCCUGCGGCCCUAAGCCUCGCAGCCACGGCGCUCCGGAAGUCUUAAGAAGGUGGCGGCGUACGCGGGUGGGCACACAAAGCAGGCACACUCAAGAACAUGCAGGCGGAUCUGCUCUCCGCGCACAUGUGCACACGUGUCAGGAUCGCGGGUCCCGCGCACCCAUCUGCACAAUCCCUAGUGAAAGGAGACAGGAAAAGCCCGUGCAGUGCCUCAGGGCUCGCUCUUCUCUCGAAUGACCGAGAUCAACUGUUGACGAGAAUUAAUCUGCCAGUUUUAUGGCUUGUUUGCUCAGAGUAAAACCCAAGAUUUUAAUCCUGACAUCACCCCUCCACCCACCCCACGCCCCAAUAGGGAAACACGGGGUCAAAACGGAGGAAGUGCCUCUUCAUUGAAGUUUAAGUAAUGGAGAAAGAGCGUUGAGUUUGAAGCCAGUGGGGAGAGUGCACUUGUGCGGGGCAAGAACUAGCCAGGGCACAGGUCGGGGCGCAGACUGUGGGGCAAGGGUAAUGGGGUGCGCAGGGUGAGAAGCCAAGGUGUGUGCCUGAGGGAGAGUCCGGGGCGAGGAACACUGGUUCCUCAGUGGUGCGUGCGCCCCUACGCCAGUGCAGGCCUCGGAAGGUGCCGGGCCUGGAAACGAGGAUGAGCCAAGUGGGGUGCCUGCUGGACAUGCGCAAGGCUCUCGCUUGCCGAGUGGAAAUGGCCUUCCGCGGUGGCCGCCUGUUUGAUUCCGAGCAAAGCACUGGUUCAGACUCUGAGGUGCUCACUGAGCGUACUUCCUGCUCCUUUGACACUCACACUGACUUGGGCCCUGGUGCUGCAGGCCCUGUGCCUGCAGCCAUGUCUUCCAUGGAAGAGAUUCAGGUGGAGCUGCAGUGUGCUGACCUCUGGAAGAGGUUCCAUGAUAUUGGAACUGAGAUGAUUAUCACCAAAGCAGGCAGGAGGAUGUUUCCUGCCAUGAGAGUGAAAAUCACUGGCCUGGAUCCACACCAGCAGUAUUACAUAGCAAUGGACAUUGUGCCUGUGGACAAUAAAAGAUACAGAUAUGUGUACCACAGCUCCAAGUGGAUGGUGGCUGGCAACGCGGACUCCCCUGUGCCCCCAAGAGUUUAUAUACACCCUGAUUCUCUAGCUUCUGGAGACACUUGGAUGAGACAGGUGGUCAGUUUCGACAAACUCAAGCUGACCAACAAUGAGUUGGAUGAUCAAGGACAUAUCAUUCUGCACUCUAUGCACAAAUACCAGCCUCGGGUUCACGUGAUCCGCAAGGAUUUCAGCAGUGACCUGUCGCCCACCAAACCUGUCCCUGUUGGGGAUGGCGUGAAAACAUUCAACUUCCCUGAGACAGUGUUUACCACAGUCACAGCCUACCAGAACCAGCAGAUCACCAGAUUAAAAAUUGAUCGAAACCCUUUUGCUAAAGGAUUCAGAGAUUCUGGAAGAAACAGAACUGGCCUGGAAGCCAUUAUGGAGACUUAUGCAUUCUGGAGACCCCCUGUGCGCACACUCACCUUUGAGGAUUUCACCACCAUGCAAAAGCAGCAAGGGGGCAGCACAGGCACUUCCCCGACCACCUCCAGCACCGGGACACCAUCCCCUUCAGCUUCCUCUCACCUUCUGUCUCCAUCCUGUUCUCCUCCAACAUUUCAUCUGGCCCCCAACACUUUCAACGUGGGCUGUCGAGAGAGCCAGCUGUGCAAUCUCAACCUCUCUGAUUAUCCGCCCUGUGCCCGAAGCAACAUGGCUGCCUUGCAGAGCUACCCAGGGCUGAGUGACAGUGGCUACAACAGGCUUCAGAGUGGCACUGCUUCAGCCACUCAGCCCUCCGAAACCUUCAUGCCUCAGAGGACUCCAUCCCUGAUCUCAGGAAUACCGACUCCUCCCUCGUUGCCUAGCAACGGCAAGAUGGAAGCCUACGGUGGCCAGCUGGGGUCCUUCCCCACCUCCCAGUUCCAGUACGUCAUGCAGGCCGGCAACGCAGCCUCCAGCUCCUCUUCCCCACACAUGUUCGGGGGCAGCCACAUGCAGCAGAGCUCCUACAACGCCUUCUCUCUCCACAACCCUUACAAUCUCUAUGGAUACAAUUUCCCCACUUCUCCCAGGCUAGCUGCAAGCCCAGAAAAACUGAGCGCCUCUCAAAGCACUUUACUCUGUUCUUCUCCUUCCAAUGGGGCCUUUGGAGAGAGGCAGUACCUACCCACGGGGAUGGAGCACAGCAUGCACAUGAUUAGCCCUUCGCCCAAUAACCAGCAGGCGACUAACACCUGUGACGGCCGGCAGUAUGGGGCGGUCCCGGGCUCCUCCUCCCAGAUGUCCGUGCACAUGGUUUAAGGGCCAGCCCAGAGUCUCCAUGGGCAGGUCCUCCUCUUUGGGAGCCCAAGCCUUUGAAGAACGGGAACUGUGUUUUGUUUUGUUUUCUGGAGGAGGAAAGCACAUACCCAACCAAGAACAGCAAAAGACGUUUAAGCCACUGAAGGAUACUUGCAGUGGUAUCAUCUCUGACUCGGUGGCCAUUCCCCUGCCUUCCCAAACCUUAGUUUUAUAAAGCAUUGUCUACUCCAGAGUGGCCUUUGAAGAAACUGAAUAAUCAUUUUAUAAUAAUGUUAAGGGAGAUGCUAGCAUGUAGCAGCCAUGAAAAUUUACCCCCACACAAAUACAGACCUACCUAUACAUGAUACAUACAUACAUACGUGCAUGCAUGCAUACACACACAUAUAUAUCCACACAUAGACUCUUACACACACCAACAUACACGCACACUGACUCGGAAGUGGGUGAACUCUGGAGGGGGGGCCCAGAUGGGUGCUUUCACCAAGAAUUGGUCUAUGUACAACACUAGAUGGACUGGGCCAGCAGUAGCUGUCAACCUUUCUCCCCCACAGCCUACCCUGUUUCUGGAAUGAACCACGUAUCCUGGAGUCCCUUUCCAUCCACGAGCGUAGACAGACGUCAGCACUACAACUGGACUGGGCUUCCUGAACAAGAUUGCUUUUGAACUUUGGCUCCCGGGCUCAGUGUGCUGUCGCUGACGUUCCCAGCGGUGCCUGGGGAAAGAGUUAGAGCUUAGAGCAGCUGAAGGAGAAAGGAGGAGAAGGAGGAAUGAGCAAGAGACAGGCGGUGAGCAAGACUGAGAGAGAGGAAGUAUGAGCAAUGGUGGAAGUUUUAACGCACCAAGGAAAUUGGUUUUGGUUUGUUUCCUGCCCUCCCCCUUACAGGUUAUAGAAAGAAUUGUGGCAUUACUAAGGAAGAAGCCUCUCUGGGACACUGCAGAGUCAAGGUGCUGGUGACAGGGACCCGGGCAAGGAAUGCACUUCGAUCCCACAGCUCUGAGCACCGUGAUCUAGAAGAGGGGUACCCUGCAAGAGGGAGGGCCGAUUCCAGAGCACACAGCCUGGCAGGGAGGGGGAACAGAAGGAAUGUGAAGAAGGAAGGGUGUUAUAAUCCCAACAGAUGAUACCAAGAGCAGAGGCGACAAAUAGAGGCCUGACCUUUCAUAUGCCACAUCCAGACACCUGACCUGGAUUGGCUGCCCUGUAGCCCCUGUGGCAGGAGAAAUCCGGGCACGUGCCAGGGAAUAGCAGAUGGGCCUUCUACAUCCUUCCACCUGCCCUUAGAUCUCCAUUUUUAUCAAAUAGUUUAUUGCAUUUUGAAGUUUGGGUUUUUUUUUUUUUUCCUUAUCUUUCCCUUCCCCUUCAGAUCCUUUAAUGUUAAGAAAACAAGUGAAGUUUGGUGCAAGCUAAACUUUUUAAGUGGUGUGGAAAUGCAAAUAAUACCAAGUAAAAUAAUGCAGAUAUUAUUAAGAUUUUUUGGUUUUGAGGUGUUGUAGAUAAAUGUAUUUAUGUGCCUAGUGGGGAAUCCAAUAUUAUGAAUAUUAAAAAAGGGGGCAAUAAAAAGGGUAUGUAAAAUAUGUAUGAAGUAAAGGUGUAUAAAAAGUUUGCCCUUAUGCACGGAACUCUGUUUCUAAGUGCCAAGCACAGAAAGCCGCUAAAUAAAAUCUUUGCAAUUGUA